AGAACCUCAAAACAGGGCAGGUUCAACGAUACCCAAAAACAGAAAAAGUGUAGUGUAAUUAUGACGUCAGAUUUUCAGAGCCUUUAUAUAUAGCUGGGUUGGUGGCUCCACUGGCUGAUCAUCUUAACGGGGUUCGUGGUGUCAGCUGUAACCAAGAGAUUGUCUGUCAGUGUCAAAGUGAUUUGGAAAGGGAAAAAUGGCAGUGGAGAAGGCUGGUAUAGCUAAAGAUGUUACUGAAUUGAUUGGGAAAACCCCAUUGGUGUAUCUGAACCAUAUUGUGGAGGGUUGUGUUGCUCGUAUCGCUGCCAAAUUGGAAAUGAUGGAGCCCUGCUCUAGUGUAAAAGACAGAAUUGGUUAUAGUAUGAUUGCAGAUGCUGAGGCAAAGGGCCUUAUCACACCUGGGCAGAGUGUCCUAAUUGAGCCAACAAGUGGUAACACUGGCAUAGGGCUAGCUUUCAUGGCGGCAGCUAAACAGUACAGGCUUAUCAUUACAAUGCCUGCUUCAAUGAGUCUUGAAAGAAGAAUCAUCCUCCGAGCCUUCGGAGCUGAGUUGGUUCUCACAGACCCUGCAAAGGGCAUGAAAGGGGCUGUUCAGAAGGCUGAGGAGAUAUUGGCCAAGACACCUAAUGCUUACAUGCUCCAGCAGUUUGAGAAUCCUGCCAACCCAAAGGUACAUUAUGAAACCACUGGACCGGAGAUAUGGGAAGGCACUGGAGGGAAAGUAGAUGCUUUUGUUUCUGGGAUAGGUACAGGUGGAACUAUAACUGGUGCAGGAAAAUAUCUUAAAGAGAAGAACCCUAGUGUAAAGCUGUAUGGUGUGGAACCAGUUGAGAGUCCAGUCCUAACCGGAGGAAAGCCUGGUCCACACAAGAUCCAAGGAAUAGGUGCUGGUUUUGUCCCAGGUGUCUUGGAAGUCAAUAUCAUUGAUGAAGUCAUUCAAAUAUCAAGUGAUGAAGCAAUUGAAACUGCCAAGCUUCUUGCAACAAAAGAAGGUUUGCUUGUGGGAAUAUCAUCUGGUGCUGCUGCCGCUGCUGCAGUUAGGAUUGCAAAGAGACCAGAGAAUGCUGGAAAGCUCAUUGUUGUGGUUUUCCCAAGCUUUGGGGAGAGAUAUCUCUCCUCUGUGCUGUUUGAGUCAGUGAGACGGGAAGCUGAAAGCAUGACCUUUGAGACCUGAGGUGCCCUGCUACAAAUUUUGACCACUGAAUCUAAACUGACCGUGCUCCUCAAGUUGAAGGGUUUACCUUUAAAUUUGGAAAUAUUGCAUUUGAUCCUCGAGUUGUAACUGGUUUUCCAGGCUUGUUCAUUAAUUUGACUUGUGAAUCUGAAAUGAUCCCAACUUCUUCAGUGGAUGUUGGAAGAUCUACACUCUUUUUUCUAUGAAUAAAAAUGAAGUUGAUUA